AUGGGCGGUCUUUCCCUAGAGACUCGACUGCAGUGGAACGCUGUUGCUGCUGCUGAUGGUGCGGAGCCAGAGCCUGGCGGGGACUUUCCCAGUAGAAACGAUCCCCCUCUUCCGACUCACUCAUCUGUGGACCCUGGGACAACCACAAACAGCCACACCACUGACUCGCCCUGCCAGGGGCUCCCCUCCGCGGGAGCCACGAGCCUGACCCUGGCAAACCGGAGCUUGGAGCGCUUGCCCGGCUGCCUGCCACACACGCUGCGCAGCCUCGACGGCAGUCACAACCUGCUGCGAGCCUUCGGCGGGCCUGAGUUCAGUCGCCUGCCCGAGCUGCGCGUGCUCACCCUGAACCAUAACCCGCAUUUUCCACGCUGCACUGGGGCCACGGCAUGCCGGCCGGGCUCAGUCGAGCUCGACCUCAGCCACAACCUACUGGCCGCGCUGCCCCCCUGCGCCGGGCUCCCGGUGAGCAACCUGCGCUCCGCUUGCUGGCCGGGGAACCCACUGCGGGGCGUUUACAGGUCACGGACCUUCGCAUGCUUCCCGGAGCUGCGGCUGCUCAACCUCUCCUGCAGCGAGCUGGGGCACAUUGCCCACCAGGCAUUUCCCGGGAGGACUGCGGGGCCCCUGGCGGCGCUGGAGGUCUUGGACCUGAGCGGCACGCGCCUCGAGCGAGGUGAUCUGGGUGGAUUCAGAGACCUGCCACAGCUCAAGUCCCUCUACCUGAGAAAGAUGCCCAGGCUGAAGACACUAGAGGGAGACAUUUUCAAGAAGACUCCCAACCUGCAACACCUGGAUUGUCAAGAAUCCCCAGCGCUUACUUCUGUCAACACAGAGAUCUUUCAAGACACACCUUGUCUACAAGUCCUUCUGUUGCAGAACUGCAACUUGAGUUCCUUUGGUCCUUGGAUUGUGAAUUCCUCCCAGAUCUUAUCUGUUGGCCUCUUUGGCAACCCUCUCACUUGCAGCUGUGAACUGGCUUGGCUUCUCGAGGAUGCAAACAAGACAGCCUUAUACAGGGCACUAGAUACCAUGUGUAAGCCGGCUCCAGGAUCCGAGGGCCCCUUCUCUGGCCCUCUCUCCCUCUCCCAGCUGUCUACGGUGUGCAGGUCAGACCAAAGCACCACCCUCCUGGCUUUGAACCCGCCCCACUUUGAUCAUCCAGUUUCUACACCACGGACACAGGGGCCUUCCACUGGACAGAGCACGGCCCUGUCUGCUCAGCCUGGAGGAAGCCAACAAAAUAUCACUAAGGUCUCUUCCCACACUGUGGCUUCUCUUACACAAGGGUCACGGAUGCAUAGCGAUACUUCAGAGGAAGCUACCCAGGCCACUGCUGAUGCUGUUCACAGCCCCUCCAGGGCUCUGCCUGGUGCUGCCAGCACCGGGGCAGAACAGAUAGCCACACGUAUCCCUGAGCCCAGUAUCUCACCUGCCUCCACCACACUGCCCGGCAAACACCUCGGACCCUGGCCUACUUCACCAAACCCCAGGAGCGUCUCUCAGACCAACCAGAGGACACAAGCCACCACCAGGGUUCUCCGCACACGUCCUCCACAGGACGAGAUUCCAGUCUUGCUGUUAGAUGACGACAGUGAGGAAGAGGAGGGGACUCAGCAUCAGGUGGCAGCCCCUCACCAGGAUGUAUCUUGCGAUUACCACCCCUGCAAGCAUCUGCAGACCCCAUGUGCAGAGUUGCAGAGGCACUUCAGAUGCCGCUGCCCUGGCCUCAGCGGGGAAGACAGCAUCCCAGACCCUCCCAAGCUGCAGGGGGUUUCAGAGAUGACUGACACAUCGAUGCUCGUCCACUGGUGUGCCCCCAACUCAGUGGUGCACUGGUACCAGAUCAGCUACUUGGCAGAAGGAGGAUCUGGGAACCAGUCAGUAGCAGACAUCUACGCUACAGCCAGGAACACCCCUUUGUACAAGCUAUCACCAAGCACCGACCUACCAUUUUGCGUACAGGCAGCCAACAGGGCUGCUGAGCCAGCCACAGACUUCAGCUGGAAGAGGUCAUGUGCUACCACCUUCACAACCAAGCCCAGCUCUGUGGUCAUCUUCUGGGCACUGUGUACUCCACCUCCAGCGGCCCUGUUACUGGUUAGCACCCUCGUGCUGUCUGUGUGUCUCUGGAGACAGCGCUGGAGGCCACACAGGCAGUUCUGUGACACUGACCUGGUGGCCUUCAAAAACCCGGCCAGGGCUGAGGAAGUAACUCAGUGGUAGUGACUUACCCAUGCGCAAGGUCUUGGGUUUAUCCCCAACAUCAAAAUCAGACACAUUUGAGGCCUUGGAUUAAUCUCUAGCAGCCAAAUGAAACAACAGACCAGCCUCUGACCACCUGCUGAGGCUCCAGACCUGCAAUUAUCCCAGCUUCUUUUUUCCAAUCAAACAUCUGCAUGCAGAAAUUAUGAUCUAAUGCCUAAAACAACCACAAGUUCUACAUUCCCCAAAGCCUAGACGUGGUCUUUCUGUGCAGCCCAUACUGGUCUCAAACUCAGGACCCUUCUGCCUCUCUCUCCAAAUGCUGGGGUUACAAGAGUUUGGAGAGGAAGCAAAAUUGAACCCACAAACAGUGCUUAUUUCUAUUGUAAUAAAAAAUUGUUUGAAUCCAUCUCUGUCUCCAGAACAGGUUGCAGCACCAAAACAUCAUUUGCAGAAAUAGCAAGCGAUCCUAGCUGGACCCGAAUAUGAAACACGCUAUAUACUUGGGAGUGACUAAGUUAUUCAAGCAUGUUUUCAACAUGCUAACAUAUAGCCCUAGUUUCACCAAAUAUAUGCCCAAGAGAAUUGGAGUAGGCAUUUGAAAGAUCUUCCCUAGAUCCUGCUUUAAAGCUACAAGAGUCAAACAUGUGAAUGAGUAUUGUCCUAAGUAAUUAAACGGCCCCAGUUGUUCUUAGCCUACACUUAAGGAUGAGUCUAUCCUAUGCAGACACUGAGGUAAGUUUGUCAAUCAGCAUACACAAAUGAAUACCCUAGUAUUCUCAUUCAAAUACAGCUCUAGUAUAUUUUUAAAGAUGAACGAAUGCUGGCCAAUAGUGGCGCACACCUUUAAUCCCAGCACUUGGGAGGCAGAGGCAGUUG